AUGAUGAUGAUGACGAUGAUGAUGAAAACAAGAAGCCACCUGCCGUUGUCGCCGGGUAAAGAUGGCGGUGGUGCCAGUGAAUCAACAACAAAUAGUGGUUCAAAUAGAAAUCAAGCACAUACAGAUGAUGAUGAUGACGAUGACGAUGGAGAACCUGUUUAUAUUGAAUCAAGUCCAUGUUCUCGAUGGCAAAAAAGACGUGAAACAGUUGCUCAACGUGACAUUCCAGGUAUUGAUGCAUCAUAUUUAGCAAUGGAUACAGAAGAAGGUGUUGAAGUUGUUUGGAAUGAAGUUCUAUUUUCUGAAAGAAAAAUUAGUGAUAGUCAACAUAAUAAAGUUAGUGGUGUUUUUGAUAAAUUAAUCGAAUUAAAUCAUAUGAAUAUUGUUAAAUUUCAUGGUUAUUGGCAAGAUCGUAGUAAACUUGAUGAUCGUCCACGAGUUGUUUUCAUAACUGAAUAUAUGUCCAGUGGUUCUUUAAAAGCAUUUUUACGUAAAACGAAAAAAACAAAACAAAAUUUAUCGAAAAAUUCCUGGAAACGAUGGUGUAUUCAAUUACUAUCAGCAUUAAAUUAUUUACAUUCGUGUGAAGAACCAAUUAUUCAUGGUAACUUAACCUGUGAUACAAUUUUCAUACAAAAUACCGGUCUUCUAAAGAUUGGAUCAAUACAUUAUCCUCAGAUGAAAAUGUUCGCUGAUUUGGGCAUCGUUGCUCCGGAUGUAUUACAUCGUCAUGUGAAAAGUAUAUCGGAUUCUGCAGCAAAGAAUUUACAUUAUCAAGCUCCAGAAAUCGAUGAAGAAUUAAAUCAAAUAACAACAGCUAUUGAUAUAUAUUCACUUGGCAUGGUAACGCUUGAGAUGAGCAAUCUUGAUCUCGGUGGAAAUGGUGAUACUCAUGCAGUAACAGACGACGUUGUGAAUGAAGCAAUUGAAAGUCUUGAUAAUCCUGUACAAAAGGAUCUUGUUUUGAAAUGUCUCGAGACCGACCCAUCAAAACGGCCAACAGCACGUGAAUUACUCUUUCAUCCAGCUUUGUUUGAAAUUCCCUCAUUAAAACUUCUAUCUAUUCAUUCAUUAGCGGAUGAUAUUCGCUCAAAACCAGAUCGUUCAUUUGUUUCACCAUUUCAUCAUUAUUCAUCUAUUGAUCAAACCUUUGCCGAAUCAGAAUCAAUGAAAGAAGGUGUCAAACCGGUUAUUUUUACUUACAAAGAUUGUCCAACAUUGGAUUUGGAUAAACUUCUUGAAGAUGUUCAAAAUGGUUUACAUCCAAUAACAGCUUAUCAUUUAUUAUUUCCAACUCAUAGUACACUAAAUCUCUUAAUAAAAUCUCUUCUAUCAGAUAAAACUCUACCAACAUCAACAUCAUUUUCAUCAUUUCCUUCAUCGAAUCUAACGAAUACAGAUAAUGAUUUAACAACACCAACACAAGCGGCAAUAGAUUCAGCACUUUUUUAUUCAACCAAUACAAAUGAUCCAAAUUCAAUAACAUCAAAUACGAAUGGAAUGAAAACACGAAAUGGUAUAACAACAUUUGAACGAUCAUCGUCAUCAACAAAUGAUACUGAACAUAAUACAAAUGAUUCAUCAUCAACAAUUAUUAAUACAAAUACUUCUACAACAUCAUUAUCUAAUAGUGAUGAGAAAGAAAAUCGAAGAAUUAUUGAUAUACAAUGUAAAAUUAAAACAAAAGAAACUCGUUCAUGUUUGUUAUUUAUUAGUGUGAAAUUUCAAGAUCGAUUACAACGUGAUAUGACAGCAGAAAUUGAAUUAGAUGAAACAUCAAGUAGUAUAACGAAAGAAUUACUUGAACUCGGCUUAAUUCAUGAGAGUGAUUAUACACGUGUUGAACAAUCAAUUGAUAAAGCAUUUAAUGCUAUAAUAACAUCUCCCGAUGUUAUUAAUAGUACUUCAACAUCAUUACUUGAUGUGAAAAAAACAGCCGUUGUUGCAGCUACAGCUGCACUUAUAACAUCUCAAGCAUUACAAAAUCAACUAAGUACAUCAUCUACAACAAAUGGAACAUUAAUGGAUGCGAACAAUAUACCAACAUGGACGAAUACAUCACAACCAGUCAUGUUUUUACCGACUUGA